AUGACAGAGGCCAACACUUUCGCUAUCCAAGGGUACAACUUGUCGCGGCUUUUGAAGCGCUUAGAAGAUGCUACGGCGCGUUUGGAAGAUGUGACGUUUUUCCAAGAAGGGUACAUCCAGACGAAGAUCGACGCGAUGAAGAAGGAGGGAAGUGAUGUGAGUAGUAGCAGUGUGAAUAAUUUAGCCGUCGAGCAACAGUCUGGAGUUGCAGAGCCAGCUGGAACGAAAUCAACACCGGCGCCCCGGUCACCACAAGAGACCUCUGCAGAGCCUGCCAGCAUAGUUGCAUUCGAGAGUUUAGUGGAUUUGCACGUCAAGCCGCUUCUGGAGGUAUCGGAAAAAAUCGAUCCUCUGGUUAAAGAAGCCAUUGACCACUUGUACAGAGCAUUCAAAGCUCAAAAGCAAUUCUUGAGACUCGUGGCGAAUUCCAAGAAACCAGACUACGCUUCCGAGGCAUUCGCCAAGUCUUUACAGCCCUUGAACGAGCAACUUCUGGCCAUUGGUGAUCUGAAGGACAAUAAUCGCCAAAGCAAAUAUUUUGCUCAUCUUAACGCUGUAGCAGAAGGUGUUCCAUUGUUGAGUUGGAUCGGAGUGGAGACCCCAACGUCUGUGAUCAGCGACUUCAAAGAUGCAGCUCAAUUUUGGACUAACAGAGUGCUUAAGGAUUUCAGAGACUCCGAUAGCAAUAGCGUUGAUUGGGUCAAGCAAUAUCUUGGCGUUUUUGACGCGCUGAAGGACUACGUCAAACAGUAUCAUAUGACGGGACCCUCUUGGAAUGCUCAAGGUCUAGAUUUCGCAGAAUCCCUGGACAAAUUUGGCACCGUUACGCCUCAGGCAAGCGAAAAGGCACCAGCACCGCAGCCCACAAGCUCUGGUGCACCACCACCACCUCCACCUCCUCCAGCCCCACCGGCAUCUGUCUUCCAAGCCGAAGAUGCGACCCAAGCUCCUAAAGGUGGAAUAGACGCUGUUUUCAGCGAGUUGAAUCAAGGUCAAGACAUAACGAAGUCGUUAAAGAAAGUGGACAAGUCUCAACAAACUCACAAAAACCCUGCGCUUCGGGGAUCAUCUGUUGCUCCUGCCGCCAGAACUCCGCCACCAAAGCCUAAAAAACCUACUACACUCAAGACAAAGAAGCCGGCAAGAAAGGAGCUUGUUGGUAACAAAUGGUUCAUUGAGGGCUUUGAAAACAUAGAAGAACCUAUUCAAAUUGAAGUCAACAAAGAUGAGUCUGUCUACAUCGGUAACUGCAGCUCUGUUCUCAUUCAAAUUAAGGGUAAAGUGAACGCUAUCUCCAUGAGCGAGACCGAACGUUGCAAUGUCAUGCUGGAAAGCAGCAUUUCGGGAUUCGAUAUCAUCAAGUCUGUCAAAUUUGCUCUUCAAGUGGAACAAACUCUUCCUCAAAUUAGCAUUGAUAAAAGUGAGGACGGUACCAUUUAUCUCAGCAAAGAUUCUAUGGAUGCUGAAAUCAUCACGUCAUGUAGUACUUCGUUAAAUGUGAACCUCCCGAUUGGCGAAGAUGAUGACUACGUUGAAUUUCCUGUCCCAGAACAGCUUAAGCACACUUUUGCCAAAGGCAAAUGGAAUAGCUCUGUUUAUGAACAUGCCGGCUGA